UCCUAAACCAAAACAAACAAGCGACUUAAUGUCGCUUACCAAUGACGGAUAGACAGUUUAUUUUGACAAAUGGUGCCGGAAGUCGAAUAUUUUUUCUCAGCGGUAACUUGUUGCUCGCUUCCCGUCAGCAUCAGUGUAUGACUCUGCUCAGAGAGGAAGGUGAAGUCAGCGUUGACGGAGAACUCUCCUCUGUACAGUGGCGUGAAAACAGGGAAUUUUGCCAACGUAACGGGACAUUCGGGACACACCUUCCUCUUCUCCGACUCUUGGACUAUCGGAAAUGAAGUCGUCCAACACUCGGCCCUCCAGAGUGGGCAAAAACCCGUUUGUCCACAAGCUGAAAUUCACCAUGGCAGAGAAAAUAAAGAUAGGACUGAUGUCAGUGACGGUGUUUCCUGUGCGGCUGCUGCUGGUGUCAUUCUUCAUGUUGUUGGCCUGGCCCUUUGCCUUCGCUGCCUCCUUUGGACGUUCCAAUUUUGUUGUUGAACCACAGACAUGGUGGAGGAGACUCAUAGACCUGUGUUUACGUGUGUGCAUGCGAGCCAUGUGGUUCUGUGGAGGUUUCCACUGGAUCAAGGUAAAAGGAGAGCGAGCAGCUCCCUCUGAAGUUCCCAUUCUCACCGUAGCGCCACACUCCUCCUACUUUGACGCUAUCCCUGUCACCAUGACCAUGUGCUCCAUAGUGACAAAACUGGAGAGCAGGAGCAUUCCUGUCUGGGGCACUCUGAUCAGCUACAUCCGGCCGGUGUUUGUGUUUCGGUCCGACCAGGAUUCCAGGAGGAAAACUGUAGAGGAGAUUAAGCAGAGAGCAAAAUCUGGAGGGGAGUGGUCUCAGAUCAUGAUUUUUCCAGAGGGAACAUGCACCAACAGGUCAGGUCUCAUCUUAUUCAAGCCUGGUGCUUUUAUUCCAGGACUUCCUGUGCAGCCCGUGGUGCUACGCUAUCCAAACAAACUGGAUACUGUGACAUGGACAUGGAACGGUCCUGGAGGGUUCAAAAUCUUGUGGCUCACUUUGUGCCAACCUCACAAUGCGAUGGAAAUCGAGUACUUGCCUGUUUACACACCAUCAGAUGAGGAAAGGGAAAACCCUGCCCUGUUUGCCAACAAUGUCAGAAAACUUAUGGCCAAGGCACUGGAUGUGCCACUAACAGACUUGUACUUUGACGACCGGGACAUCAUCCUGUCAGAGGGGCCAUUAAAGAUUCAUAACUUCAGCAGCCUGCUGGAGUUUAACCACCUGGUUUGUCGCCUAGGGGUCAGAGCUAUGGUCAGAGAGAAAAUGCUGACAGACAACGUAAACAGAGUCAGGAAGCUACAGGGUGAAAGGCUGAGUCUGGAUGAUUUCGCACAAUUCUUCAAUCUGCCGGUCACGGACACCCUGAGAGAAGUUUACAGUGUCUUCAAGUGUGAAGAUGGCGGCAUCGACGUCAGGCACUUUCUCAUUGCACUGUCCACAGUUCACCGGCCAAAUUCAAUGGAGACCAUUGAAAUGGCGUUCAAGAUGUACGAGUCUGAGGAGACUGCUGAAGUCCAGGAGCAGGACCUCGCCACCAUUUUGGAAAUCAUGCUGGGCGUGGAAGAGGUGGAGCUUUCAGUUAUGUUUUUGACAAUGGACAGAGGGACGGACACGGGGCGUCUCACGUACGAUGAGUUUUGUGGCUGUUUAAAGCAGUAUCCCUACUUCGUCUCAGACGUCCUCGGUUUCAAGGACCACCCUCGCAGCUUCUGCAUCAAGCGAAGAAGGCACAAUGGUCAGGACCACGACAAAGACGCCUGAAGGACGGACUUGUGAUCUCCAACAACUAUUUAUCUUCUGUGUCUGAGGCACCGGCUACCCCAGGAAUCGGACGUGUGCGCCGACCACCGCUGUGCCUUCAUUAGAAUAAUGAUAGUAAUAAUAAAGGUGUCAUGUCGUGUACGGACUCUACCAAAGCACA